AUGGCUGCAACAUUUUAUGUGCUAUUAAUUGCUCUUUGUUUGAUUUCAUCCAUUGCUGAAACGCACACUCGAAGAUGUACUACUUCAUUCAGUCGUGCGUGCGUGCAGGUAAGAAACUUCCCAGUGUAUAUGGUCAUCCUUGAAAAUUGUUUUAAUGUUUCCUAUACUUUGAUUACUCCUGUUUCCUGCUUUGAUUACCGAUGGAAAGCUUUUAUCCUGGUUUUCCCGGCUGAAAUUUCACCCCAACCCAUAGACGGAUUUUCUGGGGGGGGGGGGUGCAGGGGGUGCUACCCCCAAUAUUAGAUAUAAUCCCCCCCCCAACAAAAAGUCCACCCCUCCAAAAAAAUUUCAACCCCCCAAUAUUCGGCAUAAUACAUAAAUACUUAAAUAGUCCACUUUUAUUUAGUAUAAAAUAGGUAAUUGGACAAGUACUGGUAUAAGACAUUGUGUGGCCUAAAUAAUGAGAGGACCAGUAGUCAAAAAUGCUUAUCCUUUAUUUCUGAACAUGUCUAGGGAAACUACGAUUAGAUAGAAACUAAAAAAAACGAGAAAAGGCGAGGAUAUAACAGCGAGAGAUUGAAUUUGAGUAGGAAAGAUUUGAGUAGGAAAGGCAAUCCUGUUCAAAUUCAAUCUCUCGCUCUUAUAUCCUAGCCUUUUACCGUGUCCCAUAAAAAUUCCCACGUAUUUUAGUUUCUAUCUAAUUAAUCGUAGUUUCCCUUGUUUUUUGCGUACAUGUUCAUCAUAGGAGUCGGAGUAAAUAAAUAUAAAAGGUUAACCAAAUUUGGACUACUGGUCCUCAUUACUUAGGCUACACAAUGUCUUACACCAGUACUUGUCCACUUACUUGUUUUAUAUCAAUGAAUGACUCGUAAUGAGUCUAAUCAGACAGUUGUGCUUGUAAAAGUUUUUAAGUAAAAUUAAGUAAAAGUUUUUUUAAGUAAAAGCUUUUAAGUAAAAGUUUAGUGUUUUUUUUUUCAAUUUAAGCAAAAGUUUUGAAAUAUCAAUUAUGUACAGUACAGUAUGGUAGUUCAGAGUAGUUCAAGUUGCAUCAUAAAUUGUACUCAGAUUCAAGCAACACAAUGUCAAUGACUUUAUAAAAGUAAAAGCAUAUUGUGUAUUGGGUAUACACUUUACAGGUUCAUUUAACUUUAAGUCUUUAACUCUCUCAAGUCUCAACAGACAAUCGGACAUGCCAAAUCCAUUGAUAUGACAACUUCAAAAAACUUUUUUUCGAAGCUACAAAUCAUGAUUUUUUCAAAUUUGUCCUGGGAUACUUUGUUUUCUGCUCUCUAGACCCCCCUCGCGGCUCUAGUGCUCCACUCCUAGAAUAUAGACCUUACUGGGGUUUGGUGACACUUUGUGUUGCUUCAGUCACCUGCUCACGGCUCACCCCCCUAAAAUUUCUGGCACCACCCCAGUAAAAAAUAUGAAAAUCCGUCUAUGCCCCCAGCCUAUAGAUAUAAUCCCAUUCAGCUAUUAAAACACAGCAAGCGAUUACGUGCAUGACAAAAAUGUCAGUCAAGCCUGAAGGUUGAAGAUUUUCUACCAGUAUUUUUUGUGUUGUAUUCUUCAAACAAAACGCAGGCAAAAUCAAGUUAUUUUCUUUUUUUAAUUAGAAGCGUACAACUGCGAAAGAAAUCCUAAAAAAGCCGUACAAAAGGGUUCUGUCGAGAAAGAAUAUCCUGGAUUUCAGCGCAGAUAGGGAUAUGGAAAGUAAAGAUUGGUUUGAGAGAAAGUGA